AUGGGAAGAUCUACUUCGAUUUCACCAGGAAAAACAUAUAAUAUGCUUCAUUUUGAACAACAAGGCGAUCCACGACUCAUUAUUUCAUCUUUUAUGAACCCACAUUUAUGCGGGAUUCAAUUCAUUGAUGAGAAUAAUCAAGCUCAAUGUGUUAACAUGUUAAAACUUCCUGAAGAUGGAAAUUUCAAAGAAUAUUUCGAGAAUAAAAAGAUUACUCAUGUGAAUAGAUACCUCUUCAUUGCAAAUGACCGCGAAUCUCAAGAAGCUCAGCCAGACCAAAUUGAACUGCUUCAUGAACAUUCACAUAUCAUAUUUAUCAGAUUUGCCAUUGUUUCACUUACACUCGGAAGAGAUGGUCAUGCCUCUUUUAAAUUUUAUAAGAGACUUGAUUUACAAGGCGAAUAUGUUGUGAUCGAUGAAAAUUGGUGUUAUGUGAUCCCAAGAGGAGGAGCAAUCGGAUAUCAAUUUUUAUCAUUGUAUGUCAGAGGUAAGGAUGUUGAAAUUGAAAAUUAA